AUGUCGCUCGAGCAAGGUAUCCGUCUUCUCGACCCUAUCGGUCUCAUUUCAUGGAACCAAUCCAGCAGACACUUCAGGCGUCUCAUAAAUCUACAAAAGAAACAUCUAGUCGAGCGUCUUCUCCAACUCGAGAUUUCAAGUAACCACGGCGGUCCAACUCUCAUUUUCCGAUCGAGAGACAGCAAGUUCGAUCCUGAUUGGCAAGACGCAGCUUGGGAAUCAAUGCGUUGGGCUUGCACCGAGUGCCUUCGUCUUCUUCCUCACAAAUGCUUUGAUAACCAUUCCUUACUACGGCUAGGGUUCUGGAAGCCUCUUCCGGACUCUGAUGCUGCUCGCAUGAUCACUACCUGGGAAAGCAGCCCUGUGUGGCGGCCUCAGCAUCGACUGAUGCGAGGCUCUGAGGCAUAUCGUUUGGAGAAAAGCAGACGGGUGCUUUACCUUUCCGCGGUGACAAAAUGUGUCAUGUGUGAUGUCCAGGGGAAUCCGGCUGAGCACUUGGACGUUUUAAACGUGUUAGGCUUGGUUGGGUUUGAAAGGCUCUUUGAGAAAGAGUUUCGCGAUAUGGACGAUGACGAACAACUGGAGCUGUUUGAUGAAAUGGCGCUGUCCAUUGAGAACGAAGAAUGUGGCAAGAAGAGAUAUCUUCGGAACUGUAAUGAGUGUCGGUUCCGCAAGAGCCUCUUCUCUUAUACUCGAUCGUCAUUUCCCAGGAUUCUUGAGUACAUUGAGAAGCAAGAAACCGUCCGCCCGAAAUACCAACGGCACUGGACGUCUGUAUCCGAUGUACAUGGCACGGUGCCCCCGGAUGCGAGAGCUGGCAAGAGAUUCGGUCUUUUCGCAAAGAAGGGCUCCAUAAUGGAUGGAGGUACAGUCUCCACGGGGAAACUGAGUCGCUGGGCCAAGAUCGGGACAGGAUGUGCUGCAACAGGAGAACUCGCUGAGUAUCUGAAGAAAUGGAUUGUGGGAUUGCUUGACGAGAAACUCGGUUUCUUUUCAUCACUCUUGUGCCAACUAUUCAAUUCCCAACACUUCACGCCCGUUGGCCACCUCCCAGAAGCUGAAGCUAGGGAGUGGAGAGCACUCCUUGAGCAGACGCCGUGGUUUAACGCAGGCAACAACUCGAACUUUUCACGCGAAGCUCUUGACCUUAUCAACACCCGUCGCAGACAAUGGAAAGAGCUGUUGGAUCGAGCGAAAGAGAGCAAUGCUGAAAAUUCGCUGCCCCAGAUUCUUGAUGACCUUUACAACAAGUGGAUCCGUCAUUCAGAUACCGUUGAAAGCAGAUGGAAGUGGUUGAUGGGUUGCAAGGAGGAGAUUGAAGGUUACCCCGAGCUUUUGGUUAAUUGGGCUCUUGACCGAGACGGGGCUGCAUUUACGUAG